UAUUUACUUAUCCAUUAGAAACUCGUGGAACACCAGGUUAUUUGGCACCAGAGGUAUUGAUGUGUGGUUACUAUGAAGACCAGCCUCCUUAUGGUCAACCUGUUGAUAUCUGGGCAUGUGGUGUAAUUAUGUAUACUCUGUUAGCUGGUUGUCCCCCUUUUUGGAAUCGUAAGGAACAUUUGAUGCUACGUCAGAUUAUGGAAGGUCGUUUCUCUUUCCCAAGUCCGGAAUGGGAUGAUAUAAGCGAAUCUGCAAAAGAUCUGAUUUGUAAAAUUCUAGUCGUCGAUUCCAGUAUAAGGUUGACAGCUUUAGAUGCAUUGAAUCAUGUAUUCUUUUUACAACAACCUAUAGUUGGCAAGAAAACAUUUGAUGCUCGACAAAAAUUUAAGACUAGUAUGAUAGCUGUGAGUUUUAUAUUUUAUCUACGUCGUUUAAAAGUGGAUGCUGCCUAUUUAAAUAUUAAUCAAUUAUCUACUGAUCCAUAUUCCAAUAGAAAAUUACGUAAAAUCAUUGAUACACUUGCUUAUGAUGUUUAUAGUCAAUGGGUUAAAAAAGGUGAAGAACAAAAUCGUGCUGAAUUAUUUGAAAAUGCACCACGUCGUGAUAUGAUUGAUGCACCACCGCAAGAUAGUGUAUUCAGCGAUAGUUUACAACGUUCACUAUUAACCGGUGGUGGUGGUGAUUCCAUGAAUUAUGCACCAUUCAAUUUUGAUGAUGAAGAAGACGAUGAAGAUAUUAGGAUACCAAUUAGAGUAGAUUAUUAAUUUAAAAAAUAAAAUGAAAUAAUACUUUUUGUUACAAUUUGUAUUUUUAGUUUAGAUUUAGUUACCCAACCAACCACCCACCCCCACCCCCUAACUUUUCUCUAUCUCAUAUAUAUAUAUAUAUAUAUAUAUAUAUAUAUAUAUAUAUAUACCUCGGUGCAAUAAAACAAGUAGACCCUAUCUCAUUAUACCCUGUUGUUGUUGUCGUUUGAACAACACAAAAAUCUGUAUACAAAAGAACAAAAAAAAUGAGCACUCUACCUAUCUAUCUAUCUAUGUAGAGAGAGAAAAACCUUCCUUCCACUUUCAUUUCUUCGUUUAUAUUUCAAUGUAUAGAAGAACGAGAAGCAACAGUUGUUAUUUUCUCUCUUUUUUUAUUUCUCGUUCCUAUCUUUCUCAUUUAUGUCUUUUUUUAUUUCUAGUCGAAUUGUCCAGUUUUCUUUUUGUUUUGUUUUUCUCCUCUGUGCAUUAUGAAAAUAAUUGAUCAGUUUGUUAUAUAUAAAAAAAAAUAAUAUCAGCCUAUUAUUAUUCUUAUUAUUUUUUU